AUGGAAAAUCACGACCAAAGCAAUAAUAAAAACGUGUCUUUAAGUUUAUUAUCUGAAUAUAAUUCGGAUUCAGAAUCGGAAUAUACGCCAUCGAAUGAAAAUGCCGCUGAGACUGACGGAGAUUCGGAUACUGUGGAACUAAGUGAAAUGGUGUUAAAAAAUAACAUUAUAAAUGCCUGUGCUCAUGGUCCUUUACCUUCCGGUGAAAGCGAUGGAGAAGUUACAACUCACAUGAUCAUAGAUAGUUCAGAAAAUGCUGUCUCACAAUACGAUGUAACAAUGUACAGAGUUGAUGAUGAGGAUAGUGAUGACUCAGAAUCUGAUAGCUCUGAAGAAUCUAGUGAUAGUGAUGUGGAUUCAGUCAAGGACAUUGAGGGGGCCUAUAGCGGGGAUGAGUUAAGUGGAAAUCAAGCAGAGAUAUUGGUUCCUCCUAAGGUUCCAGGUGAAAUAGGUCUUGAUGAGCUCCCGCCCAUAGAAGAUCUUACCAUAAGCAUACCAGCUCAAGAAACAACUAAGAUUGGAAAGAUUUGCAGUAUCGUAGAUAGGUUAGUUGUAGUUCAAGGAUUACCUGAAACACCAGCUGUAGAUAUAGAUAGCAUAUUGUUCUUGGAAAAUGGUGCUAAACCACUUGGUCAAGUGUUUGACGUUUUUGGACCUGUAUCUCAGCCACAUUAUUGUGUAAGAUUCAACUCUGCCGAUCACAUUGCUGAACGAGGAGUAGAUGUAAAUAUGGAUGUGUUUAUAGCACCAGAUACUCCACACACCAACUACGUGAUAGUUCAGCAACUUAUGAAAGUAAAAGGCUGCGACGCAUCAUGGUUAAACGACGUCGAGACACCACCUAAUCAAGCCGAAUUUUCCGAUGACGAAGAAGAAAGGAGAGUGAGAAGAGAGAAGAAAAAAAAUAGACAAGAAAACGAAACCACAGGUGGAGAAACAUCGAAGGAUCGUAAAAUACUUGAAGCUAAACGAAAAACACCACAAUUUAGGAAUAGAAAUAGUAACUACCGAGGUCCACCAGGUCCCGUAUAUCACGGGAGAAUACCUCCCCCCCACCCGGAUAUUAAUCCGCCACCCGGGUUUACCCGGCCAAUGUUUGCUCCACCCAUGUUCGUGCGUCCAAGGAUGCGAUUUGGCCGACCACCAUUCCUUGGAGCGCCCAAUAUGAUGCCAUUUAGACAUAAUAUGCCCACUUUUGGCUCCAAUUACUGCAAUAUGCCCGGGGCGCAUCCCCAAUGGAGGCAGCCACCUCCUCCUGGGACAUAA